UUCCGCCGAGAGCAUUCCCGAUACCUCUCUGUUCUCCACAUCCGAUACUGCGCAUAUUAUUCAUAUGUACGCACAUUAAAAAAUGGAAAACGAAGUAGGAAGAGGACCGAUAUUCAUAGACAUCAGAAGAUAUUACUGCCAGUACUGUGGGCUUUGCCGUUCCAAGAAAUCCCUAAUCUCAUCUCACAUUCUAUCUCAGCACCAGGAGGAAGUAAAGGAAAAGGAGCAGAAUGGUGAAAAAAUGGAGAGCAAGAAAACGAAUAUAUGUGAGGAGUGCGGUGCUUCUUUUCAGAAGCCAGCUCACUUGAAACAGCACAUGCAAAGUCAUUCACUCGAGAGGCCCUUUACAUGUCCAGUGGAUGACUGCCAUUCCAGCUACAGAAGGAAGGACCACUUGACCAGACAUCUUCUUCAGCAUCAAGGGAAAUUAUUUGAAUGUCCAGUUGAGGCUUGUAAACACAGAUUUGCAUUUCAGGGCAAUCUGAAGCGACACAUGAAUGAAUUCCAUGAUUCAUCUGCUUCUACUAGCGUUGAGGACCCAAAGGAACACGUCUGUCAAGAAAUAGGGUGUGGAAAGGUGUUCAAAUUUCUCUCCAAAUUGCGUAAACACGAAGAGUCCCAUGUUAAGUUGGACACAGUAGAGGCAUUUUGUUCAGAACCAGGCUGUAUGAAAUAUUUUACAAAUGCACAGUGCCUGAAGCAGCAUCUUUGGUCUUGUCAUCGGCGUAUAGUCUGUGAGAUCUGUGGGACCAAGCAGCUUAAGAAGAACAUGAAGCGCCAUCUCCGCAUGCAUGAAUCGGGGAUUUCUUCUGAGAGGAUCAAGUGUAGUUUCGAAGGGUGUUUGCGUACUUUUUCGACUAAAUCCAAUCUCAAUCUACACAUCAAAGCUGUUCACUGCGAGCUUAAACCAUUUAGCUGUAGCAUUCCUGGCUGCGGCAUGAAAUUUGCAUUCAAACAUGUGAGAGAUAAUCAUGAAAAAUCUGGUUGCCAUGUUUAUUCUCAGGGAAAUUUUGAGGAGUCUGAUGAGCAAUUUCGGUUAAGACCAAGAGGUGGCAGGAAAAGAACCAGCCCAGAGAUUGAGACUCUAAUGCGGAAAAGAGUUGUUCCGCCUAGCGAAUCAGAUCUCAUUAGGCGGGAGGGACCUGAAUACCUGUCGUGGCUACUUUCUGGAGAUUCAUAGGAUUAGCCAAAUGCUGAUUGUAUAAUUACAGUAUCUAGGCAGUUGUAUAAGAAUCGACAGAUUUUGGGUGGAAACAUGGGGGCAAAACUGAAUGCUGAUUGAAUAAUUACAGUAUCUAGGCAGUUGUAUAAGAAUCAACAGAUGUUGGGUGGAAACAUGGGGCAAAACUAAGUGUUGCGGGUUUGUCUUGCAAUGGCACACAUCCGUCCUUGUGGGUAGAUAGGAAAGAGACGUGUUACAUGUACAGUUUGUUUGACAAAAUGCCAGCCGGCAAGCAUUCAUUGGGCGUUGGACACAAAUCAAGAUUUAACCAGCAAAUGCAGUAUUGUCAUCUCUUCAUCUCUAAUGCUUUAUGUAAUUUCUAGUUGUACAAACAUCUUUAUUCGAUAGGAAAUAUGCUUCCCCUGCGUUUAUGUGUUUU